CUAUGCCGUUGGCUGUGACACUUAUGCAAUCAUGCGAGGCUUCCGUGGGGAAUUAGGAGUCGUUACAGGGUGCAUGUCAAAAUGCCACAGCCUUGGCAGUGUCGUUGAUAACUUUUGCUCUGGCAUUGGUUGUUGCCAGAUCAAUAUUCCCGGUGGACUGAACAAUGUUUCUUUAGUGUUGACUAGCUUCACAAAUCAGUCGCAAGUGUGGAGCUUCAACCCCUGCAACUACGCCUUUAUUGAGGAGGAAGGCCUGUUCAAUUUCAACUCUUCUAGUUUUGAACAACUGAAUUACACACAACAGCUUCCAAUGGUUCUAAAUUGGGCCAUUGGGAAUGAAUCAGACCCCUGUGAUCAAGCUCAGAACAGGAAGGAUUUCGCAUGCAAGGCUAAUAGCAAGUGCGUCAAUGGUGUUAUCAAUUCUGCAGGUUACUUGUGCCAGUGCUCGCCUGGUUAUGAAGGAAACCCGUACCACCCAGAUGGUUGCACAGAUAUUGAUGACUGCAAAGCCUCAAAUUCCUGCCGGAACGGAAACUGCGUAAAUCUUCUAUUUCCACAAAAUUACACUUGUUCAUGUCAUAAAGGAUACAAAAAGGACAAGACGGAUGGCAAGAGUUGCAUCAAGGACAAUUCGAUCGUUCUCCUGCUUGCUGUUUCACUGGGUAUGUAUAUAUAAUUAGAUAUUAACAUGCAUGUCCAUAAG